UUAAGUUCAACUUCUUCCUAAUGGCAAAUGAGUGCUACAAAGUUCCAGCUAUAAACUUCAGCAGAGAAACUCAUUUAUAUCACAUCACCUGAAAUCUUCUGCACCAAACACAUCAUGUUAAACAACGUUCUCCUGUUCUCUCUUCAGCUGAGUCUCCUAGGAACCAGUCUUUGUGGGAAUGUUCUGAUUUGGCCAAUGGAAGGUAGUCAUUGGCUAAAUAUUAAAAUAAUUAUAGAUGAGCUAAUUGAAAAAGAGCAUAAUGUGACUGUCCUAGUUGCCUCUGGUGCACUUUUCAUCACACCAACAUUUAACCCAUCUCUGAAAUUUGAAAUAUAUCCAGUGCCCUUUGGCAAAGAAAGAAUAGAAGAAGUGAUCAAGAAUUUUGUUUUGACAUGGCUGGAAAAUAGACCAUCUCCUUCAACAAUUUGGACAUUUUAUCAGAAGAUGGCCAAAGUCAUUAAGGACUUCCACAUGGUAUCCAGAGGGAUCUGUGAUGGUGUUAUUAAAAAUGAAAAGCUGAUGGAAAAGCUGAAGAAAGGCAAAUUUGAAGUCCUGUUGUCAGAUCCUGUAUUUCCUUGUGGUGAUAUAGUAGCUCUAAAACUGGAAAUUCCAUUUAUCUAUUCCUUGAGGUUUUCUCCUGCCUCAACAGUAGAAAAGCACUGUGGGAAGGUACCAUACCCUCCUUCCUAUGUUCCUGCAAUUUUAUCAGAACUCACAGACCAGAUGUCUUUUGCUGACAGAGUAAGAAAUUUCAUCUCCUACCAUCUACAGGACUACAUGUUUGAAACUUUGUGGAAACAAUGGGAUUCCUACUAUAGUAAAGUUUUAGAUGGUAGUCAUUGGUUAAACAUUAAGAUCAUUCUAGAAGAGUUGAUUCAAAGAAAUCACAGUGUGACUGUACUGGCUUCAUCAGCAACUCUAUUCAUCAACUCCAAUUCUGAUCCUUCUGUGAAAUUUGAGGAGAUACCUGUUUUUUACAAGAAGAGCAAUAUAGACUCCUUAAUUGAACAUAUGAUAAUGCUGUGGAUAGACCACAGACCAACCCCUCUCACUCUAUGGACUUUCUACAAAGAGCUAGGAAAGCUCCUAGAUACUUUUUUUCGAAUUAACAUACAAAUCUGUGAUGGUGUAUUAAAUAAUCCCAUGCUAAUGGCAAAACUUCAGAAAGCUGGUUUUGAUGUGUUGGUAGCAGACCCAGUAACAAUCUGUGGAGACCUGGUGGCUCUGAAAUUAGGAAUUCCAUUUAUGUACACAUUGAGGUUCUCUCCAGCCUCAACUGUGGAAAGGCACUGUGGGAAAAUCCCAGCACCUGUCUCCUAUGUGCCUGCAGCCUUGUCAGAGCUCACUGACCAGAUGACCUUUGGUGAAAGGGUUAAAAAUACCAUAUCUUAUCCUCUGCAAGACUAUAUAUUUCAAUCCUACUGGGGAGAAUGGAAUUCAUACUACAGCAAAGUUCUAGGAAGACCUACUACCUUAUGUGAGACUAUGGGAAAAGCUGAAAUUUGGCUAAUCCGGACAUAUUGGGAUUUUGAAUUCCCUCGUCCAUACUUACCUAAUUUUGAGUUUGUUGGAGGAUUGCACUGCAAACCUGCCAAACCUCUGCCUAAGGUUUUAUGGAGAUACAAAGGAAAGAAGCCAGACACGUUAGGAUCUAACACUCGGCUCUUUGAUUGGAUACCCCAGAAUGAUCUUCUUGGACAUCCCAAAACCAAAGCUUUCAUCACUCAUGGUGGAACUAAUGGCAUCUACGAAGCCAUUUAUCAUGGAAUUCCUAUGGUGGGAGUCCCCAUGUUUGCUGAUCAACCCGAUAACAUUGCACACAUGAAGGCUAAAGGAGCAGCGGUGGAGGUGAACAUGAACACAAUGACAAGUGCAGAUUUGCUCAGUGCCUUGAGAGACGUCAUCAAUGAUCCUUCUUAUAAAGAGAAUGCCAUGAGAUUAUCAAGAAUUCACCAUGAUCAACCUGUAAAACCCCUGGAUCGAGCUGUCUUCUGGAUUGAGUUUGUUAUGCGACACAAAGGGGCCAAGCACCUUCGGGUUGCAGCCCAUGAUCUCAACUGGAUCCAGUAUCAUUCUUUGGAUGUUAUAGGGUUCCUGCUGGCCUGUUUGGCAACUGCUAUAUUCUUUGUCACAAAAUGUUGUUUGUUUUCUUGCAAAAAGUUUAGUAAGACAGGAAAGAAGAAAAAAAGGGAAUAGAUGAAAAAAAAGAAGGAAGAGAUCUUUCCUAAGUUUGGCAAAGUUCUGAAUAGGGCAAUAUUAUUAAUUGUAGUUACAAAA